AUGAGCAGACGCAUUGUUCAACCCGUCGGAAAGAUCAAGUUAACCAAUGUGGCUAUCAUCAAGUACGAGCAUGGCGGGAAACGAUUCGAAAUCGCUUGCUACAAGAAUAAGAUCGUGAACUGGAGAAAUGGCAUUGAAAAGGAUAUCGAUGAGGUUCUUCAAACUCCCUACAUUUUCCUCAACGCUACCAAGGGCAUUGCAGCAAGCAACGAUGAGCUACUUCGCUGUUUCGGAACAGCAGACAUCUCGGUCAUCUCUCGGAUCAUCUUAGAAAAGGGAACCGAGCAGAUUUCUGGAAAAGAACGAGAGCACCAACUUCAAUCAGUAACGAACGAAAUCGCGACGCUCAUCUCCGAGAUGUGCUACAAUCCAGAUACAGGCAGUGCCUUCACGGUCAGCAUGAUCCAGCGCGCUAUCAAGGAUUGUCACAUCAUCGUGAAGCUGAAUCAGCCUCCCAAGAAGCAGGCGCUGCACAUCAUUCAACAGCUCAAGAAGUCGAUGCGAAUCGAGCGAAACAAGAUGCAAAUCAAGCUCGCAUUCCCUGUUCAUUGUUUGGCUGUCGAUUCAUUUCUGGAAAUGCAGCAAAUCCGAGCAACGAAUCAGACGAUUGACUCCGAGUCCUCCGAAACGCGCGAAUUCCUCAUCGAUCCUGCGGAUUACAAGGCAGUCGACAAGUUCUGUCAGCAAAAUCAUAUUACCUGCGACAUUCUGGCUCGAAAAUCGAUUGCCGCUCCCGACGCUUCGUACUGCGUGUUUGAUGCGAGUAAUGGACGUAGGAACGAUCAGAAUGGAAAGCAAGACGCAGAGAACGCGGAGAGAGACAUGAGCGAGAUGGCGAAGGGUGAAGGGAAUUCGGAGGCAGUGACGGGUUCUGCGAGUGCAGAACAUGCAGAAGAGGUCGCGAAGCCGAGUUAUUUGUCGUUUAAAUUCAAAUGUUCGACCUGCGAAACAGGUUUUGAUGAUGCGAAGGAGCAUCGCGAACAUUUCCGCAGCGACUGGCAUCGAUACAACAUGAAGCGGAAGAAUCGAAAUCUGCCCAUUAUGACGGAGGAGGACUUUAAUUCUUUGAAUGAUGAAGAUCGCGAACUGUUCUUGAUGCAGGACUCGAUUGCUACAUAA